AUGAGGAGCGGCGCGGAGCGUAGGGGCAGCAGCGCCGCGGCGGCGCCCCCUAGCCGCGCGCGCCCCUCUGGCCCCGACGCGCCCCCGGCCCCGCCGCCGCCCGCCGCCGGCCAGCCCCGGGCCCGGGACGCGGGCGAUGCCCGCGCGCAGCCGCGCCCCCUGUUUCCGUGGAGCAAGUGGAGGAAGAGAAUGGGCUCUUCCAUGUCGGCGGCCACGGCGCGGAGGCCGGUGUUUGACGACAAGGAGGACGUGAACUUCGACCACUUCCAGAUCCUUCGGGCCAUCGGAAAGGGCAGCUUCGGCAAGGUGUGCAUUGUGCAGAAGCGGGACACAGAGAAGAUGUACGCCAUGAAGUACAUGAACAAGCAGCAGUGCAUCGAGCGGGAUGAGGUGCGCAACGUGUUCCGGGAGCUGGAGAUCCUGCAGGAGAUCGAGCACGUCUUCCUGGUGAACCUGUGGUACUCCUUCCAGGACGAGGAGGACAUGUUCAUGGUGGUGGACCUGCUUCUGGGUGGAGACCUGCGCUACCACCUGCAGCAGAACGUCCAGUUCUCCGAGGACACGGUGAGGCUAUACAUCUGCGAGAUGGCGCUGGCCCUCGACUACCUGCGCAGUCAGCACAUUAUCCACAGGGACGUCAAACCCGACAACAUCCUGCUGGAUGAGCAAGGGCACGCGCAUCUGACCGACUUCAACAUCGCCACCAUCAUAAAAGACGGGGAGCGGGCCACUGCACUAGCUGGGACCAAGCCGUACAUGGCUCCGGAGAUCUUCCAGUCCUUCGUCAGUGGUGGGAGCGGCUAUUCCUUCGAGGUGGACUGGUGGUCAGUGGGGGUGCUGGCCUAUGAGCUGCUACGUGGAUGGAGGCCCUACGACAUCCACUCCAGCAAUGCCGUGGAGUCCCUGGUGCAGCUGUUCAGCACGGCAAGUGUGCAGUACGUGCCCACCUGGUCCAAGGAGAUGGUAGGCCUGCUGCGGAAGCUCCUCACUGUGGACCCCAAGCACCGAGUGUCCAGCCUGCAGGACAUGCAGGCAGCCCCGUCACUGGCCGGCGUGCUGUGGCAGGACCUGAGUGAGAAGAAGGUGGCGCCGGGCUUCGUACCCAAUAAAGGCCGCCUUCACUGCGACCCCACCUUCGAGCUGGAGGAGAUGAUCCUGGAGUCCAGGCCUUUGCACAAGAAGAAGAAGCGGCUGGCCAAGAACAGGUCCCGGGACAGCAGCAGGGACAGCUCUCAGUCGGAGAAUGACUACCUUCAGGACUGCCUUGACGCCAUCCAGCAAGACUUUGUGAUUUUUAACAGAGAAAAGCUGAAGAAGAGCCAGGACCCCGUGAGCGAGCCCCUGCCCGCCCCCGAGGCCGGGGAUGCUGCGGAGGACCGGGAGGGGGCGCGCCCCGCGCUGCCCAUGUGCGGCUCCAUCUGCCCCUCCCGCCUCACCGAGAGUUAACGCCAGUUGCUUUGGAGACUCGGUCUGCCAGCCGGACAGGACAGGCGGCAGGCAGAGGCCCCACGUGGGCGUUCCCAGCCAAGCAGCCCAGUUCCUCCCAGCACAGACCCGGCCGGUGGCCCUGCUGCACCCUGGCCCUGAUUUCCCUGGGACGGGCUGUCUGCCCACUGGCUCUCGGCGGCAUAGGGCAACCGGAGGCUGUCAGUGUGGCCAAGCGCUGGGCAAGGAGGCUGGGUGCCCCCCUCCCUAGCGGCUCCGUUCCCGGCAAUUGUGGCAGGAGGCCCGUGGCCUCUCCUGGUGGCCCCCUGACCCGCUCCCGGCAGUCACAGAGGUCCCAGCACCCCCAGCUGUACAUAUGGGCGCCAGCCCUGCUAUGGGCAGACGGACACCGUGUGCGGGCUCCCCGGGGCCACUUGGGCUUGUGCG